AUGAAAGUGUUCAAAGAAAAGCUUAGCUCUAAGGCCAAAAGAAUGGAUAAGAUCCUAGAAGAUCGAGCAUACAACCAUGAAGACAAAAAGUAUAAAUUUAUUAAGGAGCAACUACCGUACUACUUUCAAAAAGCAGCUAAUGGCAAAGUAAAUGAAGCCGUAGAUGGCAUCCUCAAGAAAUGGUGGGACGAACUAAAGGAGGACGACCGAGAACAGUUGCUAAAAGAUUUU